AUGUCACCUGUGGGUCCGAGGCAGUGUCACCUGUGGGUCCGGGGCAAUGUCACCUGUGGGCCCGGAGCAGUGUCACCUGUGGGUCUGGGGCAGUGUCACCUGUGGGUCCGGGGCAAUGUCACCUGUGGGCCCGGAGCAGUGUCACCUGUGGGCCCGGAGCAGUGUCACCUGUGGGCCCGGAGCAGUGUCACCUGUGGGCCCGGGGAAGUGUCAGGUGUGGGUCCGGGGCGGUGUCACCUGUGGGUCCGGGGCAGUGUCACCUGUGGGUCCGGGGCAAUGUCACAUGUGGGUCCGGGGCAGUGUCACCUGUGGGCCCGGAGCAGUGUCACCUGUGGGCCCGGGGAAGUGUCAGGUGUGGGUCCGGGGCAGUGUCACCUGUGGGCCCGGAGCAGUGUCACCUGUGGGUCCGGGGCAGUGUCACCUGUGGGUCCGGGGCAGUGUCACCUGUGGGUCCGGGGCAAUGUCACCUGUGAGCCCGGAGCAGUGUCACCUGUGGGUCCGGGGCAAUGUCACCUGUGGGCCCGGAGCAGUGUCACCUGUGGGUCCGGGGCAGUGUCACCUGUGGGCCCGGAGCAGUGUCACCUGUGGGUCCGAGGCAGUGUCACCUGUGGGUCCGGGGCAGUGUCACCUGUGGGCCCGGAGCAGUGUCACCUGUGGGUCCGGGGCAGUGUCACCUGUGGGCCCGGAGCAGUGUCACCUGUGGGUCUGGGGCAGUGUCACCUGUGGGUCCGGGGCAGUGUCACCUGUGGGUCCGGGGCAAUGUCACCUGUGGGUCCGGGGCAGUGUCACCUGUGGGUCCGGGGCAGUGUCACCUGUGGGCCCGGGGCAGUGUCACCUGUGGGUCCGGGGCAGUGUCACCUGUGGGUCCGGGGCAGUGUCACCUGUGGGCCCGGGGCAGUGUCACCUGUGGGUCCGGGGCAAUGUCACCUGUGGGUCCGGGGCAGUGUCACCUGUGGGCCCGGGGCAGUGUCACCUGUGGGCCCGGGGCAGUGUCACCUGUGGGUCCGGGGCAAUGUCACCUGUGGGCCCGGGGCAGUGUCACCUGUGGGCCCGGGGCAGUGUCACCUGUGGGUCCGGGGCAAUGUCACCUGUGGGUCCGGGGCAGUGUCACCUGUGGGCCCGGGGCAGUGUCACCUGUGGGUCCGGGGCAGUGUCACCUGUGGGUUCGGGGCAGUGUCACCUGUGGUCCCAGAGCAGUGUCACCUCUGGGCCUGGAGCAGUGUACCUCUGAGCCCUGGGCAGUGUCGGGUGUGUGCCUGGAGCCGUGUCACCUGUCAGCCCGGGGCUGUGUCAGGUGAGGGUCUGGGGCAGUGUCACCUGUGGGUCCGGGGCAGUGUCACAUGUGGGCCCGGAGCAGUGUUACCUUUCGGCCCGGAGCAGUGUCACCUGUGGGCCUGGGGCUGUGUCACCUGUGGUCCUGGAGCAGUGUCAUCUGUGGGCCCGGGGCAGUGUCAUCUGUGGGCCCGGGGCAGUGUCACCUGUGGGUCCGGGGCAGUGUCACCUGUGGGCCAGGGCAGUGUCGGCCGUGGGCCUGGAGCUAUGUCACCCGUGGGCUCGGGGCAGUGUCAGCUGUGGGCCCAGGACAGUGUUAGUUGUGCAACCAGGGGCGUGACAGCUGUGGGCCCAGGGCUGGGUCCACUUUGGGACCAUGGCCGGGACAGCUGUGGGCCCAGGGCUGGGUCCACUUUGGGACCAUGGCCGGGACAGCUGUCGGCCCAGGGCUGGGUCCGCUGUGGGACUGGCCUGGGACAGCUGUGGGUCCAGGGCUGGGUCCAUUGUGGGACCGGGGCCAUGACAGCUGGGGCCUGGGGCGGUGUCUGCUGUGGGCCCGAGGCAGUGUCACCUGGAGGCCCGGGGCAGUGUCGGCUGUGGGCACGGGGCAGUGUCACCUGGAGCCCCGGGGCAGUGUCACCUGGAGGCCCGGGGCAGUGUCGGCUGUGGGCACGGGGCAGUGUCACCUGGAGCCCCGGGGCAGUGUCACCUGGAGGCCCGGGGCAGUGUCGGCUGUGGGCACGGGGCAGUGUCACCUGGAGCCCCGGGGCAGUGUCGUCUGAAGGCACAGUGCAGGGUCUGCUAUGGGAUUGGGGCCGUGACAGCUGUGGGCCCAGCGCUGGGUCCGCUUUGGGACCAUGGCCGAGACAGUUGUAG